UGACUGAUGAAGUUUUCUGAUUGCCAACACUAAGAGGACAUGCCAGUUAUGCAACACAAACCCAUUUGAAUACUAUUUUGGCCUGUAUUAUGUCACAAAUAAUAGUGCACAAUGUUUGGUAGAGAUGUGACAAACUCACCUAAUGAGUAGGAAACACAUGCUACAACCACAUGCUCACGUUCAUCAUCAGUGCUGCCUAUUUUCUUCACCAUCAAGAAUGGAUCAUGGAUUGCAGCUAUAUAUAUAGAGAGAGUUAAGGACUUGGUGAGAGCACAAAAACAUUGAGCUUCGUUUGAAAAAGUACAGAACACAAAAAGGGUAAUAACCAUGGCAAACAAGUUCCAUGUUCGCUCAAACAGUUUUCCUACUGGAUCUCAUCCUAGCAUAAGUAGAGUAGAGGAAGAGCUGAACAAGCUCAAAACUUGGGAAGCCAGUUCCACAUCCACAUCAAAUUCAAUUGGCACUGGCUUGUCCUUGUUAUCAGAUUUGCAUAUUUGCUUGGAAGAUAUUCUCAACAUGGCUUCAACCCAGAAGCUGAUUUCUAACAAUCAAGGUGAGAAAUGCAUAGAAGAGCUUCUGGACGGUUCAGUGAGAAUCUUGGACAUCUGUGACAUCACAAGGGACACCUUGUUACAGAUUAAAGAAAAUGUUCAAGCCCUUCAUUCUGCUCUCAGGAGGAGAAAGGGAGAUUCAAGCAUUGAAAAAAGUGUGGCUGAGUACAAUUUAUUCACAAGAAAGAUGAAGAAAAGUGCCAAGAAGUUGAUCUCAUCUUUAAAGCAGAUGGAAAGUAAAUCUAGAACAUCCCCAGUGUUGAAUCAAGAUCAAGACCCUGAUGCUGUGAUGAGAGUUCUUAGGGAGGUCAUUACAAAGAACAUGUCCAUCUUUCAAACCAUUUUGUCUUACUUGACUGUGCCAGCUUCAAAAGCAAAGCCAACUAAAUGGUUGAUGGUGGCAAACUUGAUGCACAAAAGGGUAAUAUCAUGUGAAGAAAAAUCCCAGAAUUUGAACGAGUUGCAGUUUGUGGAAGGAUCUUUAGGCACCCUUCUAAGUGAAUGUACUGAUGUUUUGAAGGUGCAGGCUUUGCGUGAGGGAUUAGAGGGUUUGGAGAAUACCAUUGAAAGCAUAGAAAAUGGUUUGGAAAGACAGUUUAGACGCUUAGUUAGAACAAGAGCCAACCUUUUGAACAUAAUCACUCCAUAGAGUGUUCAGUCGUAGUUUGAUCUGCAAAUUUUGUCUAAAAAUUUGUAAAUGUAUAUAUAUAGACAAUUCAAUAGUUAUACAAACAAAUACAGCAAAAAGUUCUUACACAA